UACAUUGGCCUUCCACUCUCCUCCACCCAAUCCCAUAAUCCACUCUCUACCCAAUCAACAAUCCUACACUUCAUUUUCUUCACUUUUAAUAUCACCUUAUAUAACUGUCUCACAUAUAUCUCCACAUCUUCUCUCUCCAUUUUUCUUUAUUCUCACUUUAGCAUCACAACCAUGGCUGCUGCAGUAAGUGCUGCAGUGUCCCUCCCAUCUUCCAAGUCUACUUCCCUCUCAACCAGAGCCUCCGUCAUCAAUUUCAAGGUCUCUUUUCCCUACAGAAAUGUGUCUUCAGGUGGGAAAGUUUUUUCUGUUAGAGCCCAGGUCACAACUGAGGCUCCUGCAAAAGUUGAGAAGGUUUCCAAGAAAAUGGAGGAAGGUGUGGUUGUGAACAAGUACAGGCCAAAGGAUCCUUACAUUGGCAAAUGUCUUCUUAACACUAAGAUCACCGGUGAUGAUGCUCCUGGAGAAACUUGGCACAUGGUCUUCACCACUGAGGGAGAGGUACCCUACAGAGAAGGGCAAUCCAUUGGUGUAAUUGCAGAUGGAGUAGACAAGAAUGGGAAGCCUCACAAGCUUAGGUUAUACUCCAUUGCUAGCAGUGCUCUUGGUGACUUUGGAGACUCCAAAACUGUGUCCCUAUGUGUGAAAAGGCUUGUGUACACCAAUGACCAAGGAGAAAUAGUUAAAGGAGUGUGCUCAAACUUCUUGUGUGACUUGAAGCCGGGGAAUGAUGUGAAGAUCACAGGACCUGUUGGAAAAGAAAUGCUUAUGCCGAAAGAUCCCACUGCCACCGUUAUAAUGCUUGCAACUGGAACUGGAAUUGCUCCUUUCCGCUCGUUCUUGUGGAAAAUGUUAUUUGAGAAGUACGACGAUUAUAAGUUCAACGGUUUGGCAUGGCUCUUCUUGGGUGUCCCUACAAGCAGCUCACUUCUCUAUAAGGAGGAAUUCGAGAAGAUGAAGGAGAAGGCCCCGGAUAACUUCAGGCUUGACUUUGCCGUGAGCAGAGAGCAGACCAAUGAAAAAGGUGAAAAGAUGUACAUUCAAACCAGAAUGGCUCAAUACGCAGAAGAGCUAUGGGAGUUACUCAAAAAGGACAACACCUAUGUCUACAUGUGUGGGCUCAAAGGGAUGGAAAAGGGUAUUGAUGACAUAAUGCUAUCAUUGGCUGACAAAGAUGGCAUUGAUUGGACGGAUUACAAGAAGCAGUUGAAGAAGGGAGGACAAUGGAAUGUGGAAGUCUACUAGUACUACUGCUUGCUUUCUUGUAAAGCCAAAAAACUCAUGAUUCCCUGCAUAAUCUGUAGAUAUGUAACCACCACCUCUUUUGUAAUUCUUUUUCUUCCACUUUUUCUUUUUCUUAUUUAUUUUGGCAGUAUAAAGAAAAAGUGUAAUAUUCUUGAGGAAAUGAACCUAGAAUAUAGUGGAAACCAACUUCAACCUCUUUGUAUGGAUCAUAAUUUUGGCAUUUUUCUUUUGUCAAUUGUUAAAUUACUUGCGGAUUAACUGCAUUGUUUUCUCAA